AUGACAUCUCUGAUUGGCAACACCAUGAUCAUCCUUUUGGUGUGUGGUGACUACCGUCUGCAUUCACCCAUGUAUUUCUUUGUAGCCAAUCUUUCUUUCCUUGAAGUUGCCAUCACCUCCACAGUGGUACCUAAGAUGCUAGCUAACACAUUAUCCCUAACAAGAUCAAUAUCCUUUGUGGGAUGUCUUACUCAGUCUUUCUUCUACUUCCUUCUGGGAUCCACAGAAUUCUUCAUCCUGGCCGUCAUGUCUUUUGAUCGAUAUAUUGCCAUUUGCAACCCACUGAGGUAUGCCAUAAUCAUGAAUAAACAGACAUGCAUAUUCUUGCUUCUAGGAUCUUAUGUGGGUGCAUUAUUGUCAAUUUUAGUGCCAUCUAUCUUAACUGCUCUUCUUCCCUUUUGUGGGCCAAAUAUAAUCAAUCACUUUUUUUGUGACAGUGGCCCAGUGCUAAAGCUGGUGUGUGCAGACAUUUCUCUGGUUGAGGUGGCUGACUUUAUCUCCUCUGCUGUGUUGCUCUUGGGCUCUUUGCUCCUGACAGGAGUGUCUUACCUGUACAUUAUUGUUACUAUCCUUAGAAUUCCCUCUGCCCAGGGACGACAGAAAGCUUUCUCCACCUGUGUUUCACAUAUCACUGUAGUGACACUUUAUUACGGAAGCUCCAUCUUUAUCUAUGUCCGCCCAAAAAAGGAAAAUGUGAUGGAUGUUAACAAAUUUGCCACAGUGCUGAACACCAUUGUAACGCCAAUGCUGAACCCUUUCAUCUACAGCCUUCGAAAUGAGAAAGUCAAAGAAUCCCUGAGUGAAGCCUUCAAAAAAUGUGUAGGGAUGGUGACAAAUUCAAGAGCUUUAAGAUCUGAAAAAUAA